ACUAAAUUCACCGUAUAUAAACCCCCCUUGAACUUACUCAAACCCUAGCGCCAGAAGACACAGAUAGCAUCCUCCUCCCUCUCUCGCAGCGGCUAGGGUUUUGUUCUUUUCUCGCAGUAGCAAUGGCUGAGGUUGAGACCGAUGUUGCUACAGGCCAGCCGAAGAGGAGAACGUUCAGGAAGUUCGCCUUCAGAGGCGUUGAUCUCGACCAGCUCCUCGAUAUGUCGACUGAUGAGCUUGUCAAGCUCUUCACUGCUCGCGCUCGUAGAAGGUUUCAGAGAGGACUGAAGAGGAAGCCUAUGGCUUUGAUCAAGAAGCUGAGGAAGGCGAAAAAGGAAGCACCCCAAGGUGAAAAACCGGAGCCUGUGAGGACUCACCUCCGCAACAUGAUUAUUGUCCCUGAGAUGAUCGGUAGCAUCAUCGGGGUCUACAAUGGCAAGACCUUCAACCAGGUCGAGAUCAAGCCUGAAAUGAUUGGUCAUUAUCUUGCUGAGUUCUCAAUCUCAUACAAGCCUGUCAAGCACGGUAGGCCCGGUAUUGGAGCUACCCACUCUUCCAGGUUCAUCCCUCUCAAAUGAAGAGCUGCUGUCGAAAGUUUGUACUUUCUUAAAACUAUUUUCUCUAGGUUUAUAUGUUGAACUAGGAUGGAUGUUUUCUUAAUUUCUGUAGAACUUUUGUGGUUUGAUUUUGGCGUUUGAAUGGCUUUACUCCUGUUUGGUACAUCUACACCCAGUAGCAUUGUUGACUGCUUCUUAAUUCUACUAUAUUUUGCAGAUUUUUUGGUCCUGAUUA